CUCUUGUAUUUCGCUUACUCCAUCGGCUAUCGUCUAGUAGUGUGCACACAGUGUUCGAACGCAGCUUAUAUAUAUGCUCUAAGGCAUUAGCGGGCUCAGCUAACCGACUCUGCUAUUCUAAAGUUUUUUUGAUAGUUCUUGAUUUAUAUUCGUAUUAAUUUCGUAAAAAAUAGAGGUUAUUUUCGGAAACAUACCUAAAAAUUACAGACUUCAGACUCUAAAAUUCUUCCCAAACUGCGUCAUUAUUCUUGUGGAAAUUACAGCAAGUUCUAUUUUGCUGUAGCAGUGCAGAGCGAAAGAACAGACCACUUAUGUAUCUGCCAUCGUGCGCGGGAAAGUCAGAGCACGUGGAGGAAAGAUUGGCCACUCCAUUUGUCAUCAUUGCAGCGUGCUGCGUACUACAUCACGCGUUUAAUUUGGAACUGGAAAGAUACACGUGUUUCCUAAGAAAGUGCUGCUGAAGUCUGUGAAGAAAGCGAGAAUAAUUGUUAACCAUGCCUAAUGUAAUCGAAGCACUCGAGCUAUUGUGUCAAUGUAUGCGUUCGCUAAUCAACGUGGAACUGGAGCCCAAGGAUCUUAUAUCAGCCUAUGAUAACAUUGUGGAUUACCAAAUCGAAUGCAAGCUGCGGCAUAUUCUGUUAAUUUUGAGUGACUACUCUGUGAAACUGAAAGGAUACAACAGAAAUGAUAUAUAUGAUAGCUGUCACAGUGAUAAGUUGAAUUUCGCAAUUUUGCAAUACCCAAUGUUAGAAUUUUACGUUCCACAAGCCAAUGGAGGAACUAGAGUCUUAUUGAUAGCCUUAGCUUGGCUAUUGGGCACUGAGGAUGUUCUGACUUUGAUUCAUCGAAUGAAACUCACUAAAAGUAUCCGGACCGACAAUUUUGACGAUGCUAUACGAAAAAGCCGCGCGCCUUUGCCGAUAUCCGCCGAGCUCGAAAAAAUUUCAUAUCUCAACGCCAAGGUGAACAUGAACCUCAAGGAGAUUUCCGAAUUGAGACGGGAAUGGAGCAGAUUAGCGUCGAAAAUAGGCGAGGCGAGCAGAGAACACUUUGGACGUAAAUCUACGACACACCAAGAUCUCCCGGACUUGAAAGCGUGCGAGAUAGCGUUGACGAAACGCAUAGCGUUGCUGGGCGGCAAAGCUUCCGCGGAGGAUCAGAAGAAACUGCAGGAAUUUAAUGAUGCGCAAAAGCUGCUUGAGGUUCACGUCAAGUGGCUGGAAGUACGGCACGUGUUCUUCGAUUGGAUGGCUAUCGUGACCCAAGAACAUCGAAAAACCAUGAAACACUACUCCAGUAAAAUCAUGAAAAGCGAACUCGAACAUUUUACUUCAUAUUUGUGUCGCUUAAUUGACGGACGAUACAGAUAUCUAAAGACGUCCGGGAAAACGUUUCCUAGCGAGUCGCAGAAACCCUUAUUAGAUCCGCCGUCACGCUUAAAGAAAUGUCGAUGUAACUCUACUGAAGCGCAAAAAUGGUUAGAUGAAAUAAGCAAAUGUGUGGUCGCUGAAGAAGAAAGUCGACAAAAACAUGAGAAGCAACUAGUGGCGGAAUUGAGAGAAGUACUGGAACAGAUACCGUCAAUUUAUCAUGUUUAAACUUGUUAUAUCGUCUCAUUUUCUUAAAAAAUA